CUUCCCCUUCUUGGUCCCUCUUCCUUCUCUCCUCAUAUAUCCUCCGUCGCUCCCACUCUCUUCUAACUACCUCAUCUCUUUUGCUUCUCUUCUCCAAAAAAAAAACCAUACCUAAUUUCCUCCUCCCCUCCCACCCCCCACAAUUUCAUCAUGGCCGACCAAGCUGUUGCUGAUUUCGGUCUCAUCGGUCUGGCCGUUAUGGGUCAGAACCUGAUCCUUAACGCUGCUGACCACGGCUUCACCGUCUGCGCCUACAACCGUACCACCUCCAAGGUCGACCGCUUCUUGGAGAACGAGGCUAAGGGCAAGCCUAUCGUUGGUGCCCACUCCGUCGAGGAGUUCUGCGCCAAGCUCAAGCGUCCCCGUCGUAUCAUGCUCCUGGUUAUGGCCGGAAAGCCCGUUGACCAGUUCAUUGAGUCUCUUCUGCCCCACCUUGAGGAGGGUGAUAUCAUCAUCGAUGGUGGUAACUCCCACUUCCCCGACAGCAACCGCCGCACCAAGUACCUGGCCGAGAAGGGCAUCCGCUUCGUCGGCAGCGGUGUCUCCGGUGGUGAGGAGGGUGCCCGUUACGGUCCCUCCCUGAUGCCCGGUGGUAACGAGGAGGCUUGGCCCUACAUCAAGGAUGUCUUCCAGAGCAUCGCCGCCAAGAGCGACGGUGAGGCCUGCUGCGACUGGGUCGGUGACGAGGGCGCUGGCCACUUUGUCAAGAUGGUCCACAACGGUAUUGAGUACGGUGACAUGCAGCUCAUUUGCGAGGCUUACGAUAUCCUCAAGCGCGGUCUUGGUCUUAAGGGCAAGGAGAUUGCCGAUGUUUUCGCCGAGUGGAACAAGGGCGUCUUGGACUCCUUCCUGAUUGAGAUCACCCGUGACAUUCUCUACUACAACGAUGAGGAUGGAACUCCCCUCGUCGAGAAGAUCCUCGACAAGGCUGGUCAGAAGGGUACCGGCAAAUGGACUGCCGUCAACGCUCUUGACCUUGGCAUGCCCGUCACCCUGAUCGGUGAGGCCGUCUUCUCUCGUUGCUUGUCUGCUAUCAAGGACGAGCGUAUCCGUGCCAGCGGCCUCCUCCAGGGCCCUACCCCCGAGUUCGAUGGUGACAAGCAGGCUUUCAUCAAGGACCUCGAGCAGGCCCUGUAUGCCUCCAAGAUCAUCUCCUACGCCCAGGGCUUCAUGCUCAUCCAGGAGGCUGCUCGUGAGUACGGCUGGAAGUUGAACAAGCCCUCCAUUGCCCUCAUGUGGCGUGGUGGCUGCAUCAUCCGUUCCGUCUUCCUUAAGGACAUCACCAACGCUUACCGCAACAACCCCGACCUUGAGAACCUGCUCUUCGACGAUUUCUUCAACAAGGCCAUCCACAACGCCCAGCAGGGCUGGAGAAACGUUGUUAGCAAGGGUGCUCUCUGGGGUAUCCCCACUCCUGCUUUCAGCACUGCCCUCAGCUUCUUCGACGGCUACCGCACCCGGGACCUCCCCGCCAACCUGCUGCAGGCUCAGCGUGAUUACUUCGGUGCCCACACUUUCCGCAUCAAGCCCGAGCACGCCAGCGAGACCUACCCCGAGGGUAAGGACAUCCACGUCAACUGGACCGGCCGUGGUGGCAACGUCUCUGCGUCGACCUACAUUGUUUAAAUCAAACACGCGAUGUAAUACGCUGGACGUGAAGCCUCGCACGGGUCUAGCAGG